AUGCCUCGGAAAGCCAAAUCCAAGUCUCAACCUGAGGUGAAGUCCGCGGCACAAGAGGAAUGGGCUGAUCGAGAGGAAGAACUUGCUGUGGACGAUCCUCCUACUAUCGAUCCGUAUGAGGUCCUACACGUUCCAACAUCCGCUACUCCCGAUGAGAUCAAAUCCGCGUAUCGCAAACUGGCACUGAAGCACCAUCCAGACAAAGCCCGUGCAGAAGACCGAGAAACCGCUCACAAGACGUUCCAAGAGAUAGCGUUUGCCUAUGCUAUUUUGAGUGACGAGCGCAGACGCAAACGGUUCGACGCUACGGGCAAUACUGCGGAGAGCGCAAACUUUGACGAUGACGAUUUCAACUGGGUCGACUUCUUCCGCGAACAGAGUGAGAAUGUAGUGAGAGGCGAGAUGAUCGAGCAGGUGAAGAAGGAGUAUCAGGGCAGCGACGAAGAAAGAGACGAUGUGCUGGCGGCAUAUGAACAGAACGAAGGAGACAUGGACGCCGUUUUUGAGAGUGUUAUGUGCAGCGAGGUGUUGGCAGACGAGGAGCGAUUCAGGAACAUCAUCAAGGACGCCAUUGCUCGAGGCGAGGUCGAAGCCUACGACCGGUUUACAAAGGAGAGCAAGAAGAGCCGGGAGAAACGCAAGACCAAUGCUAAAAAGGAAGAAGCAGAGGCAAUGGAACUUGCUCGCGAGUUGGGGGUUGAGGAUAAGCUAUUUGAAAAGAAAGAGACCAGCAAGAGAUCGAAGAAAGGAGAGGGCGAUGACAAUGCACUUAAAGCUCUAAUCCAGCAGCGCCAGCAAAGCAGGGCCCAGAAUUUUUUCGACGACCUGGAGGCGAAGUACGGGACCGGACCGAAGAAAGGCAAGCGAAAGGACAUGGAUGAGCCGCCGGAAGAAGCAUUCCAGAAGAAUUCCAAGAAGGGCAGGAAGACGGCCAAAACUUGA